CUUUCCCAAAAGAAAGAGAGGCGGCUUUCUCUCUCUCUCCUCCCACGUUCCGAAGGUCCAAAAAGGCUCGAACUUCAUAUACAUUCCCGUCUCCAUCCAUCCAUUCAUCAACCUCUGCGCCACUGCAAAUGGCUCUCGUCAACAGGCUCCCUUCCUCCUCCUCCUCCUCCUCCUCCUCCUCCGUCGCUUCUUCGCCUCGUCUCCGACGGAGCUCCUCCCGCGCCCGACCCGGAAUCCGCUCCCUCCACUUCACCCCCUCCACUCCUCCUUCCUCAUCCUCGCCGUUCACCGAGAAGCACUCGCCGGAGAGGUACCGCCGCGACCGGUGGCUCUACAGCGGCUCCCCCUGCCAGCCCCCUCUCCCCUCCUCCUCCGGCUCCGCCGCCGCCGCCGCCGCCGAUGACCUCGACUCGCUCAGGCGGGACGACAUCGCCCUCCAGCUGCCGGAGCUGAAGAACCUGCUCCGGGUGCUCAAGGACAAGAGGGAGCGCGCUUGCGGCGGCGGGCAAUGCGGGCCCGGGAACGUCUACUUGGUGGGCACGGGGCCCGGGGAUCCCGAGCUGCUGACCCUGAAGGCGGUCAGGGUCAUCAAGGGCGCCGAUCUGUUGCUCUACGACCGGCUGGUGUCCAACGACGUGUUGGAGUUGGUUGGCCCCGACGCGAGGCUGCUCUACGUGGGGAAGACUGCUGGGUACCACAGCCGCACUCAGGAGGAGAUACAUGAGUUGCUUCUCAAUUUUGCAGAGGCGGGGGCUACUGUUGUGAGACUCAAGGGAGGUGAUCCUCUGGUAUUUGGGAGAGGUGGGGAGGAGAUGGACUUCCUGCAACAGCAAGGCAUUCAAGUACAAGUUAUACCAGGCAUAACUGCUGCUUCAGGAAUAGCGGCGGAGCUGGGAGUCCCAUUGACUCAUAGGGGUGUGGCGAACAGUGUUAGAUUUCUCACAGGACAUUCGAGGAAAGGUGGAACAGAUCCUCUUUUUGUAGCAGAAAAUGCAGCGGAUCCUGAUUCUACUUUGGUGGUUUAUAUGGGUCUCUCGACUCUCCCUUCUCUUGCACAGAAGUUAAUGCAUCAUGGUCUGCCACCCAGUACACCAGCUGCUGCAGUUGAGCGUGGAACCACUCCGCAACAACGUGUGGUUUUUGCUGAAUUGAAGGAUCUUGCUGAUAAAAUUUCUGCUGAGAACUUGGUCUCACCCACAUUGAUCAUCAUCGGAAAAGUUGUUGCACUCUCACCAUUCUACUCGCAUUCUUUCGAGGAUGCAUCUAAGUUAGUAGAGGCUAAAUGAGGCACUUGCACUCCCAUUUAAAGAAGCAAUCAUACCUUAGGAGGGUUUUGGUGGUUCAAGCCUGCAGAUUAUAAUUUUAUCUAAUUGCUGGAUCCUGAGAUUAUCUCACUCACCGAGGGAGCUCAAUCAGUCUCACGAGCAGUGGCACAUCUGAUGAGAAGAAAUUUCCUCAAUGAUAUUUAUUGUUAUGUCCUCUGGAAGGCCGGAAUUAAAGUUCUGCAGAAGCUAACAACAUUGGUUGACUCGUAUUGGCUAUUGAAGUGGAGGAAGUGUUGAAGACUCCGAAAGCAUGGCUAGGCACUAACAAGUUGCGCCUCUCUUGCCAGGACUAACAUGAUGAAAGGCAAUGAGUCUUGGAGUGGAGGUGUGCCGACUCAAUUUUGUGAGGCGAUCUGCAACUUUGCGUCUAUUGUUUUCGUGAAUCCAUCCUGAUGAUUUAUUGAGGGAAUUUUUCUUCUGCGGUUGUUGUUGUUUCACAAUGUGCUAGCUUCUGGUCCUCCGGAAUCUACCCUCUCAAAAAUCGCUCGGCAACCCAAUUCGAUGUUUAAUUUGUUUGAUCUUUCCAA